AUGACCACUCUACCGUCAGAGUCCAAGAUCGGCCGUCGCCUCCUUCCGGUGGUGAUAGACGAGAUCUCUACGUAUGAUCCGUCUAGAAUCUUUGCCACAAUCCCAAUCUCGGAAUCACUUCGUGAUGGAUUCAUGGACGUCACCUACCGUGACUUUGCAAAUGCGAUUAACCGAAUGUCAGCCUGGUUCGAUCAUGAAUUUGGUGGCAAAAGUUCGUCAUUUGAGACGGUGUCAUACAAUGGCCCGCCUGAUCUAGGGUAUUCCAUCAUGACCCUCGCAGCUUGCAAGAUGGGAUUUAAGACAAUUUUGUCAUCCUUUCAGAACAAGCUUGAAGAUCAACUAAAUCUCUUGAAGAAGGCUGAAUGCAAAGCCAUGAUUUUUGCUGAAGGCCACCCAAUCAAUCCUGACCAAAUUGACAAGCAUGGCAUACCUAUCGUUCGCGUCCCUACGCUGAAGGAAAUGUUAGACAUCGGCGGUCCGGAGCCAGUGGCAUAUACAUUCACCAAGACAUACGAUGAAGCCGAAAUGGACCCCUUGGUUUUAUUGACCACCUCCGGUACGACUUCCGUACCUAAGCUGGUGGUUGUGAGACAUGGGUGGGUGUCUGCUGUUGAUAGGGCUCAUUCAGUUCCAAAGUCAAAUGGCCGUGCUCCCUCCUUUACCGUCUUUAAAAAUAGGAGACUUUGGUCCCCACUUCCAGCAUUUCAUGGUGGAGGCUUGAUCGGCAACCUCAUCAUCCCUACAUUCUCGAACACCCAUUCUAUCUGGGCUCCUUCUGGCCGUCCCUUGAGCACAACUCUUGUGGAGGAGAUGAUAGAUCACAUCCAUUUCGACAUGGUACUUCUCACACCAUUCAUUAUUGAAGUCGUUGUUAAGUCGGAUUAUUCCCGUUCCAAACUCGAGAAAGUGGAUUUUGUUGUAUAUGGGGGAGUUAAUAACACAUGCCGCAAAGCUCCUCUGCCUCGUGAAACGGGCAAUCGCAUAUGGCAAAAGACCAAACUCAUCAACAUGAUUGGGUCCACGGAGUUGAGUGUCCUGCCCACCUAUCUGAAGGACCCAGAGGAUUGGGAGUACUUCUACUACUCUCCCGAUCUCCCCGGUAUCCAAAUGCGCCCCACAGAUGGUGAUCCAGACCUCUACGAACAAGUUAUCGUGCGUGAUCCAGCCACCGACCCAUAUCACUCCACAUUCUGGACUUUUCCUGAUGCUGAAGAAUACCGGGUCAACGACCUUUACGCAAAACAUCCAUCGAAGCCAAACUUAUGGCUAUAUAUUGGUAGAGCGGAUGAUUUGAUCGUUCUUUCGGACGGAAAAUCCUUCAAUCCUACAUCCAUGGAAGCCGUGCUGCGUCAACACAACUACGUGGAGGCCGCCGUGAUCAUUGGACAGGGCAAACUUGCCCCGGCGGCUAUCAUACAAUUCAAACGUCAGGUUUUCGAGGAAUUAGGCCCAGAAUACAAUCGAGAUUCAUUCAUGAAGGAUAUUUGGCCCUGCGCUGUAGCAGCUAACAAGAUUGCCCCGCCUUAUGCACAUAUGUCUGAGGAUAUGUUCUUUCUUGCCAAUGCAGAGAAGCCAUUUCGUUUCACCGCAAAGGGGUCCAUGAUGAGACACAAGACCAUUGCAUUAUACGCUCAAGAGAUUGAGGAUUGGUAUUCGGUUGCCGAUGGCAAGGCUUCCAUUGCCAAACUUUAG